CUCGACCCUUCUAUCGUCACGGAAACUUCUCGAGAAACGCGUGUGUAUAAAUUCAUUUCGUAAUUAGAGAGAGAACAACGCGUGUGAUACGCGAAAAAAAAAAACGGGUCAAAAGGUGGUGCGUGUACUAGGUGAGACCUUGAAGGAGCAAAGUUAAAGGCGAUGUUCGAGGAUGGGCAACCCCAUUACUCGCGAAUUUCGAAGAUUUUGUGCCCAUGAGGGGUCGGUGAUGACCUGUUCGAUCUCGAAUGAUUGAAAAACAGGCAAGAAAUCAUUACACCACGUUCAAUAGAAUAUUGGACCCAUUACUGCUUGAACCAUCGAAAUGGGCACAACGAAUGCACAAACGAACACCGAAAAAGGAAGCGACGAAACGUCCAUCGAUGCGUUUUUCGCCGAGUCGGUGAUCCUGAUAACCGGAGCGACCGGUUUCGUAGGGAAAGCUCUGGUGGAAAAGUUGCUUCGAGUCUGUCCACGUCUGGCCAUCAUUUUUAUCCUGAUUCGUCCGAAACGCAACCAAACGGUCGAGCAACGAUUCAAGAGCUUCCUGGAGAGCUUUGCGUUCGAUGAAAUUCGACCAUCGAAAUUGUUAAGUAAAUUAAAGCCAGUCAAGGGAGACGUUGCCCUACCGGAUCUAGGUCUAUCGCAAGAAGACAAGAACAUGCUUACAGAAAGGGUGAACAUAAUAUUUCACAGCGCGGCCACGGUGAGAUUCAACGAACCGAUCAAAGUAGCCGUGAAUUUGAAUACAAACGGUACCGAUCGUAUGAUAGAACUGAGCAAAUCCAUGAAGAAUUUGAUUAGCUUCAUCCACGUUAGCACAGCUUACAGUAACUCGAAUCGAGACGAUAUUGAGGAGGUCAUCUAUCCCACAAAUGUGAAGCCUUCCACGAUAAUCGAUAUGUGCGAAAAUCUAGACAAGGAUACGCUGAACAUACUGGAGAAAAAGAUUCUAGAGAUACAUCCGAACACGUAUACGUUCACGAAAAAAUUGGCUGAACAAAUUAUAUUGGAAAAAGGUAAAGAUUUGCCGAUCGCGAUCGUACGACCCAGCAUAAUUGGCGCGGCUGAAAAGGAACCGUUUCCUGGAUGGGUGGACAAUAUUUUUGGAGUAACAGCUACGCUCAUAGAAGUCGGCAACGGCAACGUCAAAUCAAUUGUCACCAACGCGAAAUUAAAAUGUGACAUUAUACCUGUGGACCGCGUUAUCGAUACGUUAAUAUGCGCUGCAUGGUAUACCUCGGUGCAAAAGCGUGAUACAAUUAAGGUUUAUAAUUGCACUAAUAGCGCGUCACCUCUAAGUUGGGGUAACUUGAUCGGGCUCAUCAAGAAACACGCCAUAGAGACGCCAUCGCAAUACGUCACGUGGUAUCCAUGCUGUACAUAUAGACAGAACAGAUUUAUUCAUAAUCUAAUAUUAUUCACUCUGAACAUAUUCCCCGCGUUUCUCAUAGACAUAUUUGUAAAGCUAACAGGUGGUAAACCUAUAAUGAUGAAACUCAUGAACCGUGUGCAACGCUUUGCUGAGGCGUCAGAGUACUUUACGAUGCACGAGUGGCACUUUCACAGGGACAACUUGUACGAAUUAGCGAAGAAAGUAAAAUCAUUGAAGGAUUCCAAUAAUUUUGUCGUGAUCUCGGAAGAUUUGAAUUGGGAGUCUUAUUUACGCAGUUACAUUCUGGGAAUUAGAACGUUUAUUCAGAAGGAUACUCCUGAGACACUGAAAACAGCUCGAAAUCGGCUACAUGUAUUGUACUGGUUGCGUCGAUUCACCCAAGUGUUCAGCAUAUUCACUGUGCUGAUGAUAGUAUUACGCAUUGCUCACUGACCCUUUCGUACCACAAUGAUGGUUCUUCGACAUAAGUUAAAGUAAGAACAAUAAAAGUCUGCCGAGAUAGGAAUCAUCAUCAAUUUUGUCCUAAUAACUCGUUUGUAUAGCUUCAGACUAUCCCCACUGAUGUUGAUCAUAUCAGUCAAAUACAUUGCCGUAACUUGCCUGUUAUUGACUAUAAGAUUUAAAUUAAACUCUUAUUUACUUAUAAUAAAAAGGUGAAGUAAUUUCACAGUUUCAACGAAAAUAACACUCAUGGGGCCAUCCAAUGCUGAAGAAAUCCUCGUACCUAAAGAAUCGAAAGAGAUUCUCGUUUUUACGUAGAAUAGGAAAACGACAGAGAAUUAUUUUGAGUGAUUAAAUAACUUUUUUCUAUCAACGAAAUAUGUAUGUAAUUUUAUACUAUUAAGGCUGUACUGUUUGUAACAAAACAUCAUCGUAACCACGUUAAAAGCAAAGCUUUGAGCACGGGCUUGUUCCAAAAUGUAUCGUUACCGUAUUUACGAGUAAUUUUUCGAUAAAAAUUUUCUAAGUGUACCAUGCAAACAUUAUUUUUAGAACAACGAGAAUCAAUAUAACAUAUUUAAGGGAACAAAUGUGUUUAAAGAGUCACCAAUUUUUAAUGCAAAACGUAUCACCAGAAUAAUAAAAUUGUCUGCGAUUCAUAAUUAAAGAUGCUUUAUAAUGUUUUGAAAUAAAAGAGAAAAGGAAUUGAAAUAGUACGACCAAUCAUGAAUUAAAGGAAUACGAAUACAAAGUAAAAUGCAAUGUAAAAUAUAUAUAUUUGUAUGCCUAAUAACGUCGCUCUAAGACAUUCAAUCAUACCAUAAUUAUAAGCUAAUAGAACACAACGCUAGAUAACAAUGUAUUUAGCGCGAAGCACAAUACUGAAGAAUAUAAUAUGAUAACUCUAUUUUCAACCGUAUUAACGCCGAAGCAGCGUACGGAAAAAAGCAAGUUUAAAUACCCGUGUAUGUAUCCGCAGUUCACCAGGUCCAUAACUGCAAAAAGACCAAUUUUCGUUCUUCGCGCAUCUCCAGUACGCAUCUUUGCCCUGAUUGGCGAUACUCCCAAACGAAAUGGAAAGCGAUUAGUGGAGAGCUCGCUGCGUUCCCCCACCAUCUUCCUACCUGCGCGUCGCAGUUAUGGAGUCUGGUGAACUGCGGUAUAGGUACCUGUGAGACAAUACUAACACAAUCAAAAUAUAAGAUAAAAACUUUUUUAUUUUUGGUUCUUUUUUUAUGAAGUUUUUAUCAAACUGUUUGUAACAAUCUCAUGAUUAAAAUGAUACCAAACAUAACAUAGUUUUUCCAAGGACGUCAGUAAAAACUGCCGUCUGAAGUAACUUUUCAUUUAUUGAUUUGUGUAAU